CUGGGGGCGGGUGGGGCGGAAGCGGAAGCGGUGUCCGCCCCCGUCCCGGCGGUGGCGGGGUGGGCCCCGCUGGGCGGGUAAUGGCGGAGCGGGCCGGGGCUCCUUGCAUAAUGGCAGAAGCUACUGUCUCUCCGCUGAAGCACUUUGUGCUGGCUAAAAAGACAAUCACUGCCAUCUUCGACCAGCUGCUGGACUAUGUCACGGAGGGAGCGACCUUUGUGGAAGCAACAUACAGGAAUCCAGACCUUGAACACGUAGCAACAGAAGACGACCUAGCAAAAAUACAGGCAUAUAAAAAUAAGUUAGCAGUCAUCGGUGAGGUGCUUUCACGGAGACACAUGAAAGUGGCAUUUUUUGGCAGAACGAGCAGUGGGAAAAGUUCGGUCAUUAAUGCAAUGCUGUGGGAUAAGGUACUUCCUAGUGGGAUUGGCCAUACAACUAACUGCUUUCUCAGUGUGGAAGGGACAGAUGGAGAUAAGGCUUAUCUCAUGACGGAAGGAUCAGAUGAAAAGAAGAGUGUCAAGACAGUCAAUCAGCUUGCCCACGCGCUUCACAUGGAUAAAGAUUUGCAGGCUGGCUGCCUCGUCCAUGUCUUUUGGCCCAAGUCAAAGUGUGCCCUGCUGAGAGAUGAUUUGGUUUUAGUGGACAGCCCAGGCACAGAUGUCACUACAGAACUCGACAGCUGGAUUGACAAAUUCUGCUUAGAUGCUGAUGUGUUUGUCUUGGUUGCCAAUUCUGAAUCAACUCUCAUGAACACGGAAAAACAUUUUUUCCAUAAAGUGAAUGAACGACUUUCCAAGCCAAACAUCUUCAUCUUGAAUAAUAGAUGGGAUGCCUCCGCAUCGGAACCAGAAUAUAUGGAAGAUGUGCGUAGGCAGCACAUGGAGCGCUGUCUCACUUUUCUAGUUGACGAGCUCAAAGUUAUUGAUCCUGUAGAAGCGAAGAAUCGCAUCUUUUUUGUUUCAGCAAAAGAAGUCCUGAGUGCGAGGAGACAGAAGGCCCAAGGAAUGCCAGAGGGUGGUGAAGCGCUUGCUGAAGGAUUUCAAACAAGAUUCCAGGAAUUUCAACAUUUUGAGCAGAUAUUUGAGGAGUGUAUCUCGCAGUCAGCCGUGAAAACCAAGUUUGAACAGCACACUAUCAGAGCUAAACAGAUAAUAGAUACUGUGAAAAACAUAAUGGACGCCAUAAACGUGGCAGCAGCAGAGAAAAGAGUCCAUUCAAUGGAAGAGCGAGAAGAUCAGAAGGAUAGAUUGGACUUUGUUCGAAAUCAGCUGAACAUUUUGACGGAAGAUACAAAGGAAAAAAUCAAACGUGUUACUGAGGAAGUAGAAAAUAAAGUCUCCUCUGCCAUGACCGAUGAGAUCUGCCGACUUUCGGUUUUAGUUGAUGAAUUUUAUUCAGAUUUUCAUCCUUCUCCUCAAGUAUUGAAGCUCUAUAAGACGGAACUGAACAAACAUAUAGAAGACGGUUUGGGAAAGAACCUGGCUGAUCGUUGCUCCAGUGAAGUCAAUCAGUCAAUGCAUCAGUCGCAGCAGGAGAUAAUUGAAAACCUGAAGCCAUUGUUGCCUUCUGGUGCUCAGAACCAGCUCCACUUGCUAAUUCCAUGCAGGAGGUUUGACCUUAGCUAUGAUCUAAACUGUCACAGUCUGUGUGCAGAUUUUCAAGAGGAUAUCAUGUUCCACUUUUCCUUGGGAUGGACUUCGCUUGUAAACCGUUUCUUGGGUCCUAAACAAGCUCAGAGAGUAUUGUCGGGACUAGUAGAGCCGAAUUUACAAAUCCCUCAUCCUUUAGCUACCACCCCGUCUGCUGCCAGCCUUCCUGCCCUAACGCCAGAGAACGUAUCGCACGAUGAUUUUGUGGUUCCUUUGGUAACGAGUUUAGCUUCGCUGACAUCGCGGACCUCUAUGAGCAUCAUCGUUGUUGGCGGAGUGAUUUGGAGAACAGUAGGCUGGAAACUCAUCUCUCUUUCCUUAAGUAUGUAUGGGCUGUUAUAUCUUUAUGAGAGACUAACUUGGACCACUAAAGCAAAAGAGAGAGCCUUUAAACAGCAGUUUGUAAACUACGCCACUGAAAAGCUGCAGAUGAUCGUCAGUCUUACGAGUGCUAAUUGCAGCCAUCAGGUGCAACAAAAAUUGGGCCUGCUAAAUGAGACCUCUAACCACCAGGGUGCAGAACACCUCUCCUGUGUAGCCCAGGGAAUACUUUACUAAUACAGAGUUCCGCAGAGGACAGAGAAUCAUCCCCGUGUCCAGCAGCUGUGUGUCUCUGUGAGGACAUGGAAGAGCUGGACUCAAACCAGUGCUCCAGCGAGGUGAAGUAGAGAGGAGAGGAGGCGCCGCCCCUCCCGUGGGAGCGCCUGGCUGCUGGCCUGGGGGGGUGACCGGGGUGCUUCUCCUUUGUGCAAGGAGCAGUCUCGCAGCUCAGGUUGGGAGCGCUCGCGUUGCCCUUGGGCAGGGCGCGCAGCGUGGCGCGGGGCGCCUGCGACCGCCCGAGGCCCCGCCUCGGGCUUGUACCUCUUGUGACACUCGAUGAAGGAUUGCCGGAGGUGGUGUUGGCGUAGACUGAGGUGCAUUUUGUAUGGUUAAGGUUUCUUUUUUUUAAUUUAAAAAACCCAUAUUUCUCCUGCUUUCUGCUAUUCUGUAAUCCUUUAACAGCUGGAGCCUUUGAUUGCUGUGUUCUACUGCACACUGCAAUGCCAUGCGAUUUUUAUUUACUUAUUUUUCUUCUUCAGUUUUUUUUACAGAACAGACUUCUGUAAACCGUGAUUACAAACUCUCUUUCC